ACACGCAGGCGCUCGGCACUGACACUCCCCAGAAGAUCGUCCCACUUCAUAGUGCCCGGAUUCAGCGGCGCACUUCAGUCGAGAAGCGUAGCCGGGUAGUUUUAUCACGGGUGUUUGUAACGACCGGGCAAAGCGAAUUACGUGCUACUACGCCAUAUAGCGACCGAGUAAAUAAGUCGUUCCUCUCGCGCUACGCAUUAUUGUGCUGCUAUACUGCUGCUAACCGGAGGAUAGGAUCCGCGUAAAGUAACGAGCUAAAACAAAACCAAAAGAUGACAACUUGGCAAGCACCUGGUGCAGGAUUCUAUCCAGGGCAACAAGGUCCAUAUCCAUACCCUCAACAAAAUCCUGGGUAUCCGCCACCUCAAGAAGGCUACCCGUAUCCUCAACAAAAUCCAGGAUAUCCACCACCUUACUCCGGUGGAAACCCACCAGGUCCAGGAUUUAUACCUCCACCAGGUGCUCCACCCUACGGUGAGGCACCGCCAAUUAGUUCAGGAUUCGGAGUACCACCAGGUCAAUCAGGAAUGUAUGGGUCUGGAUAUGGAGAAGAUCCUCUGCAGGAUGAGAUCAAAGGAUUUGAAUUUAAUGACAAAACUAUUAGGAAUGGCUUCAUCAGGAAAGUAUAUAGUAUCUUGAUGUGUCAAUUACUCAUCACACUUGGGAUGAUUACUUGGUUCCUUUAUCAUCAACCAACACAGCUAUGGGUCAGGAGACAUACAGAAUUGUUUUGGGUUGCCUUUGCUAUAACUAUUGUCUUGAUCAUAUGUAUGGCUUGCUGUACUAAUGUGAGACGUAAAGCUCCAAUGAACUUCAUAUUCCUAUUUUUAUUUACAUUCGCGGAGGCUUUCUUGCUAGCUACAGCUUCUUCAACCUACCACUCUGAAGAAGUCAUGUUAGCUGUUGGAAUCACAGCGGCAAUCUGUCUAGGAUUAACACUGUUUGCAUUUCAGACGAAAAUUGAUUUUACAGGAUUACAUAGCGUCCUAUUUGUCGCUGUGCUCGUCUUACUUAUUUUCGGUAUAAUUGCGAUGAUCUGGCCCGGAAAAAUUAUGACUUUGGUUUAUGCAUCGUUGGGUGCCCUAAUAUUUUCUUUCUAUCUAAUUUACGAUACUCAAAUGAUGAUAGGUGGGAAACACAAAUAUUCCGUUUCACCGGAAGAAUAUAUUUUCGCCGCGUUGAGCCUGUACCUAGAUGUUGUUAACAUUUUCAUCUAUAUUCUGACUAUUAUUGGCGCUUCGCGAGACUAAUUGCUGUCAAUUCUAUUUCUAUUUCAACUUGUUGUGUUAUAACUACUACAAAAUACACAGCCAGCUUUUACUUAUCGCCGUCCUGCCCUGACUCUUUGCAGUUAUCGUUCCAAGAGUACACUGUAGGCGAGCAAAUAAAGAAAUGUAAAGAAGUUUAAUAUUGGCAAGACUUUAAUUUCUAUGAACAGAUAGCUUUUACAAAUUUUCGAAGAUUAAUGUGUACAAACAGCACGCUUAAAUUUUAAAGCCUCUUGUCUAGUUCUAAGUUCUCUCAUAAUACAACAAAGUGUUUCCAUCUUAGGUAUAAAACCAAAUAUAAAUUCUCAUAAU